AUGUCCAGCAUCAUCGCCGUCAGCGUGAGCCUCAUUGGCCUCUCGGCCGUCGUCUUCACGCUGGCCAUAUUCGUGGAGCUCAUCGUCUCCUUCCCCGCCAUGUUGACCAGCAACUCCCAAGCCUACGUGCAGCAGCAACGAAAGGUUUACAACAUCAGCAGCAGCAGCGGCAGCCAGGAUGCUGCUGUGGCCUUGGAGCUGGACCAGGGAGACGAUGAGGACGCGGACAGGUGGAUCGAUGUGGCGGAUGAGGAGCCUGGUGCUCACAGCCGCAAGACGGAUGUCGUCACUAGGGGGACGAGAGGGGGGUUCUCGACUACGGCCUGGAGGAGGGAACAGACGGUCACUAGGGGGCGAACGCUGAGGAGAGGACCAAGAAGGCACAGCGCGAGGACAGGUCUUCGCGUGUGA